AUAGACUUAGAGAAAAUGUCCUUUGGGGAACUCUGCUAUAAGUAUCCAAAGGUGGCUAUACAGAAGAUCAGUGAUGACUAUAAAAUAUAUUGUGAAAAAGCACCUAAAGUAGAUUUUACUGUGAAAAUUAUCAGAGAACCAAAAGUGGUUCCACCCUCACCUAGGAAAAUGUCCUUUUACAAAAAGACUGGUGUGAGGAAGCCCUCCUUAAGACCCAGAAACUUGACAGAAGUCCUCCUAAAUACAGGCCACUUGGAAUUCUUCAAGGAGUUCCUCAAAGAACGGAAAGCUGAUAGCCCCUUGAAAUUCCUGAUGGCCAUCCAUAAGAUCAGUAUUGAGACAAAUGAAAAGAUGUACAAGUUUCUGUUUGAAAAUAUAAUCAAGACUUUCUUCCAUGGCAAAGUCCCUGCUGAAGAAAUGCUGCAGUGUGAUGCCCCUAUUAUCCAAGAAAUCUCUCACAUGGGUCAUAUCAGCACUGCUACAUUAUUAAUGAUACAGAGCUAUGUCAUGAAAUCUCUGGAAGAAAAGUGGUUUAAAGAUUACCAAGAGCUGUUCCCACCUUACCCCCAGGAAGGGCAUAUUGAAGUGCAAACUUCUAAGAAGCCCUCAAAGACAACAACUUUCCUACAGGAAUCUCAGAAGAAAGGCUGGCUGAAAAUGAUUAGCUUUAUUAAGAGCUUUUGCAAGUACCGCAGAUUUAUGUCUAAUCCCACUAAUCGCCAAGCAUUUGAAGAAUAUCUUCACCUAGAAGUACAAAGUAGCAAGGAAAAUCUCUCCACAUCACCAAAUGUAUCAGGACGACCAACCACAAAUGCCACAAAUGUCCGGAGUACAGACCUUGAGAAUGGUGAUAUAAGCCUUGUGAAGCGUCGUAUAUUUGGCCACAGGAUUAUCAUUGUCAACUUUGCAAUCAAUGAUUUAUAUUUUUUUUCUGAAAUGGAGAAAUUUAAUGAUUUGGUGAGUUCAGCUCACAUGCUGCAAGUCAACCGGGCGUAUAACGAGAAUGACGUGAUCCUAAUGAGGUCCAAAAUUAAUAUCAUCCUAAAGCUCUACCUGAAUUCUGAAAUCCCUCCAAGGCUGAGGGUGAACAUCUCUGAAUCCCAGAAGGAUGCUAUCCUUGCUGCCAUUUCAGAGGGCCACCUAGACCGGAACAUCUUCCAUGGGACUAUCAUGUCUCUCUUCCCUGUCAUUAUGUACUUCUGGAAAAGAUAUUGUUCCUGGAAGGCAGCCCGCUCUUACUUCCAGUACAGGGGGAAGAUAUUUAAGGAUAAAAAACCUUCUCCUAAGUCCAUACACAAGUAUCCUCUUUUGAAUGGAGGAGACAACGCCAUUUUAAGAUUCACCUUACUCAGAGGUAUUGAAUGGUUUCGGCCUCAACAGCGGGAAAUAAUAACAAGUUCAGUCCAAAAUUACAAAACUUACCCAGCAACAAAAGGGGGAAAAAGUAGUCAAGUCAGUCUCUCAAAAGAAGCACAUCAUCUCUCAGAAGCCUCAUAACACUGACAGAAAAUUUUCUGAUCAGAAAUGAAAUGCCCUGGUGUCAUCUGCCCUGGAAAGAUCAAUGGGGUGACAGCCCAGACAUGGAAGGACCAGACUUCAGUGGAAUAUGAAAAGACGUCUGUUCUUCAUUUUGAGUGUCUCCAACUGAUCCAAGUGUUGCUGCAGAGAAGGGGGCAGCUUGUGCGCAGCAUCUCAGGGUGUCAGUCCUCAUCCGUAUACCUCAACCAGGGCUGCAGAUUAUUAGCCAGAAUAAAGGAUGUCCAUAUUCACAAUUGGUGAGCCUCCCAU